GCACUUUGGCGGCUGGUCGUGAGAAUGGUGCGUUCCAUAUGUGAACAAAGAGAAUUUAUUGUUUGUAAAUGUGAAGAAGAUAAUGUCGUCUGAGUCUACAAAAGUGCAAGUCGAGUACAUUAACGAGGACAAAACUACCAAGGAAACCAGUGGGUCCCAGUCCCCUUUGGCACUGCUGGCAGCAACGUGUAGCCGACUGGGUGCGGCCAACAUGGGCCCUGACCAGGAGAAGGAUGGCCAACACUAUAGUCCACAGCAGCAACAACAGCAAAAUCAGCAACAAGUGCAGCAACAGCAGGUUCAACAGCAACAGGCUCAACAGCAACAAGCUCAACAACAGCAGGCUCAACAGCAGCAAGCACAACAACAGGCACAACAGCAAGCACAACAGCAGGCACAGCAAGCGCAGUUGCUGCAGCAACAGGUGCAGGGCGACGCCGCUACACUCGCCGCCAUUCAGCAACAGUAUCUGCAGCAGCAGCACCAGCCGCAGCUCAGGGUUAUCAGUUCCGCUGUCGUGCAGCAGCUCAGGGCUCAAGGACUAUCCGGCAACGAGCUGUCAGCGGCGCUGGUGAACGCGGCGAGCGCGCUCCCGAACGGCAUCCAGGUGCAGCAGCCGCAGGUGAUCUCGAUGCAGCAGCUGCAGUCGCUGCUCGGCGGAGGGGUGGUCUCGCAGGAGGGGGCCACGUACCAGAACGCGCCGCAGCAGUUGCUGCAGAUCCACCCGCAGCUGCUGCAGCAGCAGGGCGGCUCCGUGUACUCGGGCUGCAUCGGCGUGGGCGGCGUGGGCGGCGUGGCGCCGCUGCAGGCCGUGACCGUGGACGGCCAGGACGCGCUCUUCAUCCCCGCGCAGCACGCGCAGAACUUCGCGGGCAUGGGCCAGGUGAGCCUGGUCAACGGCCAGCUGGUGCGCACGCCCGUGCUGCCGGCCGGCUUCCUGCAGAACGUCAUGCACCUGCCCGCGGCCGGCGGCGUGGCCGUGCGUGGCGGCGUGGGCGGCGUGGGCGUGGGCAUGGUGCCCGUGCAGGUGCCCGUGUCAGUAGCCAACGGCCACACGGUGUACCAAACCGUGCACGUGCCGCUGCACGCGCCGCAGCACCUGCAGAUCAUCCCACAGCUGCAGCAGAUGCAAGCGCAGCCCCAGGUGGCGAACGUCCUGACACCGUCUGGGCAGAUACAGCAGAUUCAAAUUGCAUCGCUUGCCAACAUGCAGCAAAGCGGGCAGGCGCAGACGGCCGUCAGCGGGGCGCCCACGCCCGCCACCAUCACUCUGCAGGUGCCGGCGACGGCGCUGGGCGUGGGCGGGCUGGGCGGCGCCGUGCAGCUGGUGCCGGCGCUGGGCCUGGGCGGCACCGUGCAGCUGGCGCAGAUGCAGCAGCAGCAGCAGCCGCAGCAGGCGCAGCCGCAGCCCGUCAUCGGCCAGCAGGUGCAGCAGGACCCCAACGAGCCGGGCAAGUGGCAGGUGGUGCUGAGCGCCGGCAGCGGCAGCGGCGGCUCGGCCUCCGGCGGCGAGUGCGAGAAGCGCCACGGCGACGAGCCCGAGCCCGCCAAGCGCCUGCUGAAGCGAGUCGCUUGUACUUGCCCUAACUGCGACCAGGGAGAGAACCGCGUGGUGGACCGCAAGAAGCAGCACGUGUGCCACAUCGCCGGCUGCAACAAGGUGUACGGCAAGACGUCGCACCUGCGCGCGCACCUGCGCUGGCACUCCGGCGAGCGGCCCUUCCUCUGCAACUGGCUGUUCUGCGGGAAACGCUUCACGCGCUCCGACGAGCUGCAGCGGCACCGGCGCACGCACACGGGCGAGAAGCGCUUCGAGUGCCCCGAGUGCAGCAAGCGCUUCAUGCGCUCCGACCACUUGGCCAAGCACGUGCGCAUCCACACCAAGAACCGGAUCACGGAGGUGGCCACGUCCACGCAGUCCAUGUACUCCGACUCCGGCGACGACAGCUGCGACGAGAAGAUGAUGCUCACCAUAGAGACCGUCCAGGCGGAGGGCGACUCCGAGGAGAAGCAGCUGGUGGUCGUGCGGCCCGGCGCCAAGAUGGAGCCCGACCGUAGCUAGGACGAGGACAGCGGCUAGGACCGGCUGUACCGGCCCCCGGCGGGGCGCGGCUGCCGCCACGGCGACAGCGACAGCGACAGCGACUAGCCGCCUCGGAUGGCAACAUUCGUCCGCCACCUGCGUACGUUUUGUCCGAUUGCUUUGCUUCAUAUUUAGGAUUCGCGUAAUAAAAUUGGCCAAAACCUUAAACCGGUUAAGAGAACAGAGCCGGAAGUGUGGCGCGGCGCGGUUACAUUUUGUAUGGACUUCGAUGAACCAGUGAUGAACCAGUUUUAAGAUUUACAGCACGGAAGUUAGCGACUAUUCAUCACCACUCGUCGUCAGGCUCGCUUUUUAUUAGGUGGCACAUUCCACAGCACCUGCGUCUACGUGAAUUGUGUGCCAUACGCGUAUCUCGUUGUACUCGAAGAGAUUGGUUCAAUAAGUGCCAUGUGUUUUUGCCACAAUUUCAAAUUUCGAGGAGACUCAUGCCCAGCGGUAGGAGUAGAGUGGGCACAGUACACGAUUUUGUGGUAAUCAAGGUUUAACAAUUUUCUAAUUGUGUAGCGGCGCUUGAUACUUUUUUAAACUAUAAUAUACUUAUUUUACUUCCGCCUUUAAUUUGCUACUUUAUUAUUGUGGUGUCCAAAACAAGGAAUACUUAUAUACUCGAAAUAAUGUAUUUACUAAUGUAAAUGUAUAUAAGGUAAAACGUGUAAAUGAUGUAAAUAAAUAGGUCGAAAUUGAAGUGUAUAUUUUCUGAAAAACUAUAAGUGUCUACAUGUAAAUCGACGUACUUUGAUCUGUGAUCGAAAUUACGUGGAGCUUGCAUUAACAAUUAAAAUGAAAUUUUAGUUCCAUUCCUUACUGAAAAUAUUUUGUGAAAUAAAGUAGAACCAAUAGAUUGAUAAUGGUACCGUUUAGUAGCACGUUUAUGGGUCAAUCAACUUUUUUAUUCUGCUAACGUGAUAAUAUUAAAAAAAAACUCCAAUUCGAAUGUAGUCAAAUGCUGACACCUACAAUUUAUUAUUACUUUUUAUUAUUAAAAUUGAUUAAUACUAUAUUCCUAAAUCGUGAAUAUUUUUUUCAAGAUGGAUCCGUACCAAAGAUUAUUUAAUUAUGCACAAAAGCUAAUAAUAAUAAAAAAUAUCGAAACUUUUUUACGAUAGGUCGUAAAACAGUUACGCUAACGAGUAAACACUGGGACAGGCAAAAGUUUUAAACUUUUCAAUUUUCAUGAAUACUUUAAAAAAUUAUUCAUAAACGCAGCGAUAUAAAACUAGGAUGUGACGAUUGUAACGAUAUCAAUUCAGAU